GAAAGAAAAACGAAAUUUCAUAUCAAAGCAAACAACGGAGAAGCUAACUGACAAAAAUGUUUGUUUUUGGUCAUCGAAUAAAAUCUCGUAAAUACGUGUUUGUAGUGCAGUAAAAGUUGAACAAAGUUGCUCGUAUUGAGGAACGACGAUUUUAUUUUCUAUUGGUGGUAAAAGUUUCCCAGUUUAUUGUUUCAUAAGGAUAUUUUUCCAACUCAAGUUAGUAGCAGUGAUUUCAAAAUGCCACCCCACAAGAGAAAGGCCGCAGCACGUAGCAAGAACACGGUUCAGGCCAACUCACUGCCUCAAUUAAGCAUUGUAAUCGAUCAGAACGAAUUGAACCGACUUCAAGUCUCAUCGACAGCGAAAGAUGAUUCCAUUAUUAUGCUGUCAAGCGCAGAGAAUACUCUGAUAUCCACCGAUCCGUCACUGUUGAUGCUGUCGACGGUAGAAAUGUUGCGACCAUCAACGCGGCUUGGUGCAAUUGACAUGACACUGGAGGAAACGCUAAGACCAUCAUUCCGCCCCAGUGAAAGACCACCCCCGAAUAUGAAUGCGGACGAAACCAACAUGAGUGUUAUGAACGUAGAGCAAACCCCAUGCAUUCAACGAAACAGACCAAAAUCCUCAUGGGUUAAUCGGCGGACGGAAGUUCCUGCUGCGGUUGCUCCCGAGAUUGAGAACGAGCCGGUACGACCAUCCCGGAACCGCAAACCGAAUAGGAAUAUUUUUUCUGACAAUUUUCAAAGCAUCGCUAAGCGAAAGACCACAACAAACACCUCAAAACAACAGAGGGUGAUCACCGAUAGUGAAAGAAAAUCUCUAAAUGUUGAUGAAACCAAUUUGAAUGCAACACCGGUUAAUUCUAAUACACAUACUUCUAUAAUAAAAACAAGAUCUGCUUCGCGAAAGGCAAAUUUGAAAUCUCAAGGUGGACUAAAGUUACAGGAUAAACCAUUAGCUACACCCGAAACUGAUGACGAUCGUGGUGAGCCCAAUACUCAAACAACAAAAAAAGGCAGAGCACGACGGAACGCUGUAAAACAGAAGAAAAAUGAAUCAAAUCGCACUCAAACAAGCAAAUCUUCGAGAACUAAAGGUAAAAAUGUUCAAAAUCCUGCGAUAGCAAAUGACAUUGCUGCUGAAAAGAAUAAAGGAAAGGAGCCACUGGAAAAAGAAUCUCAAAGAGAAGUUCAACCGAUUAGGGAAAGUGAACAGCAACAAAACAUAUCUUCCCAGUUAGCGGAAGAGAAUCAUGUUCCUACAAGGGGUGAACCCAUUAUUCAAACAACAAAAAAAGGCAGAACACGGCAGAAAGCUCUAAAACAGAACAUGAAUGAAUCAAAUCGCAUUCAAACAAGUAAACCUUCGAGAACUAAAGGUAAAAAUGCUCUCAAUUCUGCGUUAGCAAAUGAAAAUAUUGCUGCUGAGCCACUGAGAAAUGAAACUCAAUGCGAAGUUCAACCGAUCACGAAUAGUACACAGCAACAAAACGUAUCGUCCCAGCUAACGGAAGAAAAUGGAGCAUCUUUUGAGUCUGUUUCCUCUUCACAGCUUGAUGUUCCACCAACAGAAUCGGAAAAAUCUAUGGAAUCACAUCAAUUCUCGUAUGUUUCAGUACGGAGACGACCAAAAGUUGUAACUCCUCGCAGUGUAGCUGCAACGGAGGCUGAAAUCGAUAAAAGCUUACGAAAUAAAUCAAGUCAAAAUAGUUUGGUUGUGGCAGAAAUCGAUGCAGCUAUCAAUGAAUGCGCAAAUCAACCCCUUGCUUCCCCCGCUGUCGAAUAUGUAAGUAGAAGACGACGAAAAUCACAGCGUAUUCCGGAUGAACCGUCAUCAUUUAAACCAUCUGACUCACAACAAACGUUGUUGGUCGAAGUACCUCUGGAAGAUGAGGUUUCUCGAGUAGCCGAUAAGAUUUCGUCGAAUGUGUCAAGAAGAAAACGACCUAAUUUGACUUCUCAUAGUGAUCGAAGUUCAAUUGAUGUAGAAAAAACUACGAAAAUCACGAACGAAGGAUCUCUUGAAAUUGAGAGGACACUUCCAUCUAAUUUAUCUGAAAAAUCAGUCUCAAUCAUUUUGAACAGAAUCGAUAUUCCCGCAGAAAAUGAAUCUGAACCUGUUGUGACAGAUAACAAUAGAGUGACCAUCCGCAGCCGUUCGCGCACGCGCCAAAACCUUCCGGCUAGCGCAUCGCCUUUUCCAAAAGGAAUACAUCAACAAAUUUCGAAUUCCAGUCCCAAUAGGGGUUAUCGAACACGUAGCAACUCCGUUCCACGAAGUAGUACUGUGCCAAUAGUACGCGGCCGUUCUCGCACACGUCAAGUGCAUGAGGCAACCAUAUCGAAUUCUGCAAAAGAUGUCAACUCUCAGGGCGACACCAUCGAACCAAGGAAUAGUAGAACGCGGUCUCGAGUACGUAGUAAAUCUGCCCUUCGAAGCAAUGUUACCUCGCAAGCGCCAGACGAUACAUAUCAAGCCUCGGACUUCAGUGCUAAACAAUCAACGAAUUCCAUAACCACAAGAUUCCGCACGCGUAGUAGGUCCAUCCUACGCACCAACCUUGAACCACCAGUAACUCGUAGCCGUUCAGUUCCACGUAAUGCUCUGCUAUCGCCAAUUACAAAACAGCCACCAACAAGCGAUUCUUCUCACAUUCCUGUAUAUCGACGACAAGCAGAAGAAGGAGGCAAAUCUGCCCAAUCAAAAGAUGCUACAAAAUUCGAGAAUUUAAUCGUUCAGCCUGCGCCUGUCGAUGACGAUAUCUAUGCGUUUGAUUCUCCCAGUCAAACUCCACCACUUGAAGGGGAAACAGUAGCCAAAAAACGCGGCACUGCACGGAAGAAACCAAAUAGUAGCACAACCCGAAAAAGGACAACACCAGCGAAAAAGGCGCAUCAUAUGGUAUUCGGUACUGAUAUGGCUAAAAUAAAAAAAGUGGUUAGUAGAAUCGGUGGAGGGCCGGUCCAUCAUCCCAAGUCAGCCAACGAAAUUUUGCCGACUGCAAAGCUAGCUGCGUUGGUACUCAGGCCAACUUCUCCACGCAUCCAGAACCCAACUGAACGAAGUGUUUCACCGGCUUCCAGUCAUCCAGACGAUCAUCAUUUCGACAACGAUGUCGAUAUCGAAAACAUUCCCGAGGUGGCUCUUUCGCCACCAAAAAUGCCAAAACCGCAUCAGCAAACUUUCCCUCAGCAAAAAGACCCGGCAGAACCAACACCAAAUAAAACGCUCAGUUUCUCUCCACUGGGAGCUUCAUCGCCCUGGCGUGUGCAGAACGAAAACAUUCUGCCAAAAACGUUCUAUUUCUCUCGUUCGAAAGAUCUGCUCCCGUCGUACGAAAGUGACGUCGUUAUUCGUCACGACGAUAACCGCGCCAAAUCGCCAGUCAAGGAGCUUGAAGUUACAGUUACACCUGCGCCAGCGAGAAAAACCCCUCCAACUAACACAGUUCCAUCGAGUGCGCCUCCAGAGAUCGUGUUUCGUGGUAUUCAGAAGUCCUACGAACAGCUUAAAGUCACAAGCGCAAUGAGCGAGAAACUCAUCAGUGCCAUGCGGAAGUAUAAGGAGGACGUGCAUAACCAGACUGCACUUUUCAGUAAAGGCCCUGAUGGUCUCUCGGAGGAUGAACGGCUAAUCGCUAAAUUCCGAGAGUAUGAAGAAAACAUGAAAAAAACUUACCAAAAAUUGAGACAAUGGUACGAACGGUCACAGCGCACUCUUACGCACUCAAUGCAGGCUAUAAAACAGGUUUCCACACUACCGAAAACUCAGGCUCAAAAGGAGGUACUACAGAACUUUCAUCGCCACUCGGAGCGAUUCGUCACGAUGAUAAACGAACUGGAAUCGGCAAUGAAUGAUUCGAACGUGGAAAACAUCGCUCCUUCAAAAUCUACAGAAACUAGAAGUGUUAAGCAUCCCAGCAAAGACAUUAUUCUGUCCGAGCGAGAUAUUAACAAUCCUUACAGAAGUCCACUGAAGACACUCGAUAUUCUCAAUGUGCCUCGUAACUUUUCACCGGUGAAGUCCCCACUAGUUAAAGCUGCGUUCAAUGCUUUUUCUAGCAGUGGCAAACAAAAUUCCAUUAGCAAAAGCCGUGAUCGAUUCAGCAUACUAAGUUUAACUAAACGUCCAAUCAGUCGGCAUGGGGUGCGACCUCCAACUACCGAACCCUCCAGUGUAAUAGAAAUUGGUGAUACGCUCGUUGAUCCAGAUCCACAAAACUCAUCGCACUCUUCGUCGGAUGCUCAAGGAAUAAACCAGCAAAGAUCCCCGGAACCUAACAGAGAUUUGUUCGGCUUCGAAGCCGAUGACAAUACCGACGAUUUUUUCGUCGAACCAACACCAGUUAAGAUUACGAAAGACACCCUUAAAGAACGUUUGAAAAGUGUACGCAAAAUGCUUCCGGUUCGACCGACCAAAACUCAAUCCCGGCCACAGCGAAUGCCAAAAGUAAUCGGCAGUCCCACUAAGUUGCGCUCGGUGCAAAAUGUGUUUGCCUCAUCGACGCCAGUCGCUGUUGGGAAGCGAACACAAACCAACCGGGAUGAAGAAUUGAACGUUUCUGCCAUCCCGGAUAAAUCGGUAGUCAAUAGCGAAGAACAUCAGGAACCACCAACUGGUGAAAGUGUCAAUCCACCAUUGGUGUUGUUUGAUGAACCUGAACAGGAAGUGUUCUCCAACUCACUAAGCUGCGUGAACCGAACGUACAGCCGGAUACCGCGCCGUAAUCCGAAGCGUAAACGUAACAUUUAUCUGGCGGAUUUGGGACUGAGUGAAGACGACGACGAAGAGGACGGCGAUGGUGACGAUGGAGGACGAACCGAAGCAGUGCAGACGGAAGAUGAAGACGCGAAUGUGGAUUUACGGAAACAACACAAUAAGAAGAGACGAAUCGUGACUAAUAGAAAGAAGAAAACAGUUGAACAGUCGAAAGAGUUCAAAAAGUUUGUUGAUGAGUUCAAUAGCAUGUGCGAGGAAGUCAACCGGUACCAGCUUAUCGUUGAGUAGACAAAAUCGCGGCUGAGCUAUGACAGUAUCCUGGUACACAUUCAACUCUAUUUUGUGGAGAGUGCUUCAUUGGAAAGUUAGUCAACUUUUACUAUAGUGUUACAGCAGUAAGGAUUUUUUUUUUAUCCUCGAAGGAGUUUUUUUUUGUUUGUAUCUUUGUGAUUGUCAUUUGUAUAUUUUGUAUGUGAGUUUUUUUUCUAAUAUCUGCGAAUAUAGUACUCUUUUAGUUCUUGGGAGUUGGUCGAACUUAGGCCCAUAAAAAUUCAGCCUUUGGCGGGUCUCGAUUUCUGCAGUAAACCAUGACGAUCUGUAUAAGAUUUGUUUAUAUGUUGCAAUUAUUCUACAUUAUAAAGUUAUAUAAUUGCAUUCUUUUAAAGUUAUAUGAAUACACUCUUGAGCUGAAAUUUGUAUCGCUUAUGAAACAUUUGUAAUGGAUUCUAAAAAGUA